GCUCUGCUGCUGCUGCUGCUGCUGCCGCUGCUGCUCUCGCUGUGUAUAUGUAUAUGUGUGUGUCUGUGUGUGUGUGUGUGUGUGUGUGUGUAAGCCUGAUGAAAUGAAAUGCCAGGAUUGGGCUACCUCCAGGGAGAGCCUCUCCAUCCUAUAAUGUGAGCCAGCCAGCAGCACUUGGGGAUCAGGGAGAAGCUGCAUCCAUCAAGCGACGGGGCUCUGAAGGACCGGGCGUGAUCCAACGGGAGGGGAGAUAUUUUUUUAAAUUAUUCUUCUCUGCCGUGGAGAGAAGGGAUUGUCGUCAUCCCCCUAUCCAUCCUUUUUUUUCUCUCUCUAGUGCCCCCUCCUUCCUCCUCCGCCUCCACUCUCAUUUUUUCCCCCUCAUUCUUCUAGAGGCGCUCGUUGGAAUAUCAAACCUCCAUGUAUGACAAUUUGUACCUGCAUGGAUUUGAAGACUCGGAGGCGGGCUCAGCUGAUUCGUAUACUAGCAGACCAUCAGACUCAGAUGUCUCUCUGGAGGAGGAGCGGGAGGUGCAGGCCCAGGUCCAGAGCCAGAGCCCAAGCCAGAGCCAAGGACCGGGACAGAGUCGUCAGGAGAGGGAGCAGCAGGCCGCCGUUCAACUGGAGAGAGCCAAGACUAAACCUGUGGCGUUUGCUGUAAGGACCAAUGUCAGCUAUUGUGGCGCUUUGGAUGAGGAUGUUCCAGUACCAGCCACAGCCAUCUCCUUUGAUGCCAAGGACUUCCUCCACAUAAAAGAGAAGUUCAACAAUGACUGGUGGAUCGGUCGGUUAGUGAAGGAGGGCUGUGAGAUCGGCUUCAUUCCCAGCCCUCUGAAGCUCGAGAACAUUCGACUCCAGCAGGAGCAAAAGAGAGGACGAGUCCAAGGUAAGUCUGGAGGGAACUCUUCUUCCAGUGUAGAGGAUGAGGUAUCUGCCUCUAUCCGACCACUCAUUUCUUCGGCAGGAAAGCAGAAACAGAAAGUGACGGAGCACAUCCCCCCGUAUGAUGUGGUUCCCUCCAUGAGGCCAGUAGUGCUGGUGGGACCCUCGCUCAAGGGAUAUGAGGUAACAGACAUGAUGCAGAAAGCACUAUUCGACUUUCUCAAGCACAGAUUCGAUGGCAGGAUAUCUAUUACACGAGUUACAGCAGAUAUAUCUUUGGCCAAGAGGUCUGUUCUCAACAACCCCAGUAAGAGAGCCAUAAUUGAAAGAUCCAACACUCGCUCCAGUUUAGCUGAGGUGCAAAGUGAGAUCGAGAGGAUCUUUGAGUUGGCGCGAUCUCUGCAGUUGGUGGUGCUUGACGCCGACACCAUCAACCACCCAGCCCAACUCCUCAAGACCUCCCUGGCCCCGAUUAUCGUCCAUGUUAAAGUCUCUUCACCAAAGGUUCUGCAGAGGCUAGUCAAGUCCAGAGGGAAGUCCCAGAGCAAACACCUGAAUGUCCAGCUUGUGGCAGCAGACAAAUUGGCCCAGUGUCCACCGGAAAUGUUUGACAUCAUCCUGGAUGAGAACCAGCUGGAAGACGCCUGCGAGCAUCUCGCCGAAUACCUCGAGGCCUACUGGAAAGCCACCCACACCUCGAUGGCCACCCCCCUAAACCCCCUGCUGGGACGCAACCUGGGCCCCACCACACUCACCCCCUACCCCACCAGCAUCUCUGGACUGCAGCAGAGCCAAAGAAUGCGACAGAGCAACCACACAGGAGACCAUUCCACCCCAAACGAACGGCGCAACCUGAUGACAUCGGACGAAAAUUACCACAACGAGCGGGCGCAUAAGGGACGCAACCGCAUGUCUUCUGGCUCGCAGCAUAGCCGAGAGCAGCAGGACCCGUACCAGGACUACCAGGACCCCUAUCAGGAUGCGUACAAGCCACAUCGCAAUCGCAGUUCACCGGGCAGCUACAGCCAUGACUCCCGGCACCGGCUCUGAGCCCACUUCUACCACCACCAGGGCCCAAAUGGCCCAGAUUCCUUCCAAAACAAACGCUGCAAUAGAGCAAAGGCGGUCCCAAAUUGUACCUUUCAGGUUUGUUUUCUUUACCUGGCUAUUUUUCUCUUUCAAAGUCAAACAAAACCAUGUUCAGGUAUUUGAUUUUAAUCAAGCUGUCAGGGCAACCCCCCGUCAAUCAAGCAGUCAGGAGGUUCAGGAUGCCAACAUUAGCGAAUACUGUCAAACCAGUUCCUUUAAUUUGUGUUCCUGGGACUUUUUGGGAUUGUACUAACACAGAGCUCAGCAGAUGUGCAGCGCAGAUUGUGCUUGUUGCCCGUGUCAGCAAGCUAAUUAUGGAUAGUGGUCAGAUGGUGAUGAUGUGUGGCCUUCGAAGUGCCUGGAACAUCGCACCAGGUCACAGGAAGUCCCCUGCACACAGACUGCUGAAGGCUGCUGCCCCCUGUCAUGGGCCAUGUAUAAAUCCUCUCACCAUUUAGCUUAUUGCAUGCUGAUAGAUGAUCAACCUCCGCAUCCACUUCACUGAUAUUUUGUACUUAGCUUUCUGGAUUCUCCCUUGAUGAGGUGUAGAUACGGAGGUCCAAUUUUCUAAAUCACCCAGUUGUGGAUAGACGGUUGGUGGUGGUUUGCGGUUCGGUGUGCAGACGAUAUCUGGCUGCUAGUUUUGAAAACUGGUGCUUCACAUUCCCAAACUAUUUUGCUAUUUGAAAGUCACUUUGAGCAAAGGCCAGCUUUUCUGUAGCAUAGCUUUAGGAUUUAAUUUGGGUGAAGACCCUCACCGUCAUAAGCAGAACAGAUUCUGAUGGUGCUGGGAUCAGAUCUCAGUUACACUGUAGGGGAAGGCAAUACUGCUUCUGUUCUCAACAGCUAGCACUUAGAAAGUUAGGGAAGGCAAUAGCUGUGACAGUGUGUCUGAUAGCGUAGUGAAAUACAAUAGCAAAAUACUACUUGAGAUGCAUUUGAUGUUGUUGAGAUGUGGACUGGCUUGAAAACCAAUGCUGUGAAAACCUCUUGAGCAAGUCGGAUAUUUUUGCCCCUUGUUUGAUAGACUUUAAAGAGCUGCUCCUGAAGCUGCAACCUGUUUUGUUUUUAUUAGCAUUGAAUUUAAAGAGGUUAAACACACAUACAGAUGUUGGUUGCCGGGAAGCCAUGCCAUUCGCUAUCAAAGUUCCUUUACUUGGUCUUAGGAAAGCGAAACAGCAAAAAUGUGACAUGGCAGGAUUGGUUGCAUCAUGUUCAUUCUCUGUGUAGCUGGCAUGUUGUCCUGACUGCAGAGCAUGUUCCCUCCAAACGUAAAAUAGAACCCUACUGUAAUCAACUUGAUGUUUGUAGAAGUAUGGGGCACCUUCAAAAAAAAAGAAGAAAAAAAAGAAAAUGAUGUCCCAAAUUUCAGAUGGAUGAUAACUCUGGAUCCCUGAGGUUUGUAACUCAGUCAAGACACUGAAACGACACAGAAAAAUAAUUCAAGCAUUGAUCAUUCAGAAAGAAUUGCAUGAUAUAAAAGUGGAGCCAUCCUAUUGAUAGAAGUUUCUGUUAUAUGGUAGAGAGUGCACUGAAAUAACUGACACAGCCCUGACAAAAAGGCUCAGAGUUUACCGAACACACAUGGUGCUUUGUAUGGAACUUGCUGCGAAUUGCUGAUGAUGUUUUUAAGCCUUGUUGUCAUUAUUUACUGUACAUAUUCUUUUAAGAAUUAUCUUGUGAAUAUGACUUAAUCAUCUUAUUAUCUCCAGAUAACAAACAGUACAGACAGAGAGUUUUUAGCCUGGAGAAGUAAAUUACACAGAGUAGAACAUUCUUAAUCUAAGUCUUAAUAUAGUUUAUCCGGAUUGGAGGUUAUUGGAGGUCUUGGAGCAAAUUCUUUUGGUCCAGUAUUUUGGGAUAAUGAGAUCAACAAGUUGAAAAAGGUAGUAAGUAUGACAAGUGGUGGUGGAUAUUUUAUUAUAAAACAGUUUGUAGUCUUGGGAUGAAAAGAUCGCAAGUCUUCUAUAAUUUUGGCUGCUCUUGGCUUCCAUAGUUUGAUCUCUUCAGGUCAAAGAAAACCGUGAUUUGCUUGUCAUCUGAUUCAUGUGUUAUACUGGCAGCGUGUCUUUAAUUUGUCCCUUAUUAUGUGUUAUUUUACACACAAAUAUCUUGUAGCAAAUGAGCAUACAUACAACUUCCUGUAUGACAUGACAAACAACACUAACCUUAGUUCAGGCUGUGAUUUAGUUGGAUUUUAUGAGGCUACACUGAAUUUGUAAUGCCACAAUAUUACAAAUCACAAGAAUUCACAUUAUUUUCUCUCAAUGUGUGUAGGACCAAACCUGACAAUUUAAAUGAACACCAAAAUAAACUAAAAUAUUAAUGAAAAUCAAAUUAAUUGAGAAAUAUAUUAAGAUUAACUCAAAUAAAUAGUAUUUAUUUGGUUAAAAAUGAAAAAAAAAUCUAUUCAUAAUUGUACAAAUUUGGGAAAUUACUUUAUACAAAUUCUUUUAUCUUAUUUAAACAUUUCAAGUUUGCUUUAAAACAUUUUUUUCCUAUAAAGUCAUGUUUGGUCCUUUAAUCACAGAAAGACAAAGCCGGUUAAAUAGAACUUUUAAAGUGGAAAAACAUAGCAAAGUGAGAAGAUGUUUUCCUGAUGUGCUCUCUACAUCAGAAAUGUACAGUAUGAAACAGAACAUGCUUGUCUAAAGAAUUUUCUUUGGCAUGUUGAAGCUACUUUUCACGUUUAGACUUCUUCCCUUCUGACAGAAAUGAUGUACAGUAGUUACUGCUGCAGCACCACAUUGGAUUGGUGCCUUACAAAGAGUGAAUUAAUGUCUAAUUUUUUUGUCUCAGAUCUAUACAGAGUGUUGUCUAAAUAGUUAAGAUUUGAGUGAAACUUUUUGAUCGGAAACUGCUUUGAAAAGAGCUGCUGCUUUUAAGGUGAUUUUCCAUUUUAAGAUCCGAUCAGAAAUAUGCAGAAUUGUCUCACAUGAUGUUAAAUAGCAAACUCAGUAAAUGUUAUAUGAGGAGUUCAGCAACAUUUCAGGGGCUUAUGAGAUAUUUUUUGAACUAACCAGACAAGAAAAAAAUCGAUUUAAUGACAUUUAAAAAUAUUUGCAACAUCUUUCUGUAAUAGCUACAUAUUGCAACUACAGAGUGCUUAAAGUUAGGAACUCCUGUAGCUGUUUUAUUACAAAAUGUGAGUGAUUUUAGGUUUGUGACAGAAGAACUGUUUGUCGUAUAUAAAGGGGGUCCUAUUUUCUGGAUCAUGGGAUGCAGAAUUGUUCAGUGUGUAGGUGAAUUUUCUGCUUUUAAUCUGCUUAUGUACUUCUCUUGGUCGACCUCCUGAAAAUCUUUUACUGUGAUUUGAUUCUUCAGAAAAUAGGCAGAAAUUCUGACCUAUAUACAAGAUAUUUGACUGUCCCUGAGAAUUUUACAGCCUGACACAGUUGCUAAUUUGUGAGGCCUAAUUAGAGAAAAAGAGAACAUGGCUGAAUGCCCCACUCCUCCCUGACCUGACGGUAAAUACUGAGUGUUCCCCUGGUUUAAACCAGCUCUUAUAUAUUUAGCUAAAUGCAAAACUAAGGUGCAAAAGAUCACUUUGUAUAGAUCUGGAUAAAAAAGAACUUGUAUAGCACAAAAGAGUAAGCAAAAAAAAAAGUGGUUUUUGAGCAACUGUUCCUACAAUGUGAAUCUGGUACAAGGGCACACGAUAUUUCUGAUUUCUUUUGCCCUUUCUGUUUAUUUCUUUGUUGUCCACUGGUUUGUUAAUGGACGGAAACACUAAGACUCCAGAUGAUAAAAGAAAGUGCAUAAUGCUACUGUUUACAAGCAGCUUCUCUGUCUCAUUGUGCCCACAUAGCAUAAAGAAAUCCCAUUGGUUGAGUGAACAGGGAGCCAUUUUACCAUUCGAAAUCAAACCAACCAAUGUCGAGCUGGGCUGCUUGAGACAAUCAGAAGGGAUUUCCAGACCAGCGUCCCACCAUCCCUCUCUUUGUGAAUGCCCUAAACAAUGAGAAAUGUUUGCCUAUUUUACGGAAUUAGAGCAGAACAAAACAACGCCACGCUCGCUCACAGACCUCAAAAAAAAGUCUGCUUUCUUUUAUUUUUGCCUUUACCUGUGGCCAAACUUUUGUCUCAAAACAAACAACAAAAAAAUCCGUACUGAUUUUAUUUUUUCACUGAUUAAAUCUCAAGGUGACCACAAAAUCCAGAACUUCUAGGGAGGAUUUUCUUUGGUAAAAUGUAAAAAAAAAAAAGAAAAAGAAAAAAGAAGCAAAAGAACAAACAUUUAUUCCAGUAGAAAAGUAAUAGAUGAAUAUUUGCUGGCGAUUAUUUUUAUAACAAAUAAAUGUACAUAAUGUCUUUGAGAGAUGCUAUUUGCUGUAUACAUGUGCUGAAAUGAGACGACAACAACCCAUGCGGGACUCCUGGGACAACAGCAAGGUCCAGUAUACAAAGUUUCAGUAAUGUGCAAUACAAAGCGGCAUGCUGGUUUAAAAUGAGGAACUUCAUGUACUGUACUAUGCAACCGCAAACUGUGUACAUCGCUUCAUUCUGUGGCUUCUCCAACCACCCUUUUCCAAGCAGCUUCAUCUGGACUUUUAAGGGAUUUUUUGUGUUGAUCGAUUUUUUUUUCUUUCUGUGGAAGAUGAAAACCUAAAGCGGCUAAUGCGGUAUUGCAUGCAUAUUAUACCAUUCUAAUUUAUAAAAAGUAAUUAAAAGAAAAAAACAUGAAAUUGGAGGUGAUUGUGUUUCAGGCAAAAGCUACAAGUGACUUAAAACAUUUGUUUUUAAAAAUAAAAGAGUCGUUCUACA